ACCCACCAUCAAGAACCUCAGCAUUUCCAAGAAUGAACUUAUUAGGAGAUCUCAGUAACAUUACUGACCCUUUGGAUUUCAAAACAACAAAAAUACCCAAGCUGUUCGAGAUUGAUUCAUUACUAAGAUGUCAUAUAUGUAAAGAAUUUCUUUCAGCCCCAAUGUUAACCAGUUGUGGUCAUACUUUUUGUUCAGUUUGCAUACGUAAAUAUCUUAUACACACCCCAAAGUGCCCCAUAUGUGCAAAAGAGCUUAGGGAAUCAAAUCUUAGCAGGAAUGUUUUACUAGAGCAAGUUGUUCUUAGUUAUAGAAGUGUUAGAGAUGAUCUAUUAGAAAACCUCAAGAUUGCCAAAGAAAUACCCAAAGUCAAAAACAACGAACCUAUACAGCAUUCUUAUGAUCUGGGUUCAAACAGCAAUAGUAUUGAGGUGUUGGAUAAAGAAGACGAAGAUUAUGAUGAUGAUGUGAUAAUAAUAGAUGAACCAAAGAAAAGAAAGUCGGAGGCAAAUGGCAUUGAAAGCCUUUUCAAGAAACACAAAUCAGAGACUGAGAAGAAAGGAACAUGUCCAAUAUGUAACAGGUUGCUACCACUGAAAGUUUUAGAGUCAACUCACAUUGAUGCUUGUUUAGCAAACCCAGAACCGGAAGUUGCCAUCGUACCUCAACCUUCAACAUCAUCACCAAGCAAGAGAAGUACAAGUAUACCCACACAAUCAUCCACCCCGGCAUCACCAUCCCCUUAUUUUCAACCUAAAGAGAAUAAUUCAAACUUGAAGAAGCUUACAAAAUUAGACUAUCCAUCUUUAUCAACAUCUGGAUUAAAGCAAAAACUGACAAAACUGGAACUUCCUGUGGCUGGUACUAGAAAUCAACUAGAACAAAGAUAUAAUGAAUAUUUGAUAUUGUGGAAUGCAAAUUGUGACUCUGUUGUCCCAAAGAACCCAAAGAUUUUAAGAAAACAACUAGCACAAUGGGAAAACUCUUUGAAGUUUAAAAAUGGCAAUAGUGAGAAACAAUUGGAUGAAAAUGGUUGGAAUCAACUAAUUGCACAGGCAAAGAAAACUGCUUUAAAGAACAAAAAGGAGGAGAAAACGGAGGAGAAAACGGAGGAAAAGAAGGAAUCUGAGAAACCAAAAGAUGAGAAUCUUGAGACUGGGAAGGAAGAAGAAGAUAAAAAAGAAUCAGUUGAAGAAGAGAAAGUUGAAGCUAUUGAUGACUCAGAAGCUGAUACUACAAAUGAACAGUUUUUUAAAGAUUAG